CUCGCUCUCUCUCUCUUUCUUGCUCUCGCUCUCGCUAUAAUCCCUUGCAGAGAAGAAGGAGAAGAAGAAUCACUGCGUUCUUAUCUUCUCCUCCUCUCCUCCUUUGUUUUCUUUUCUUGCUUUUAAAACAAAAGUCCGUCGUCGUUUAUCGACGAUUAUCUUCGAUUUGGGAAAUUGGAGCGUUCUUUGACUGAAUCAAGAUACAAAGAAGAAGAUAUGGCCACCGUUAACGGUUACCAAGGGAACACCCAAGUGACUACUCCGGCGGCAUCAAAGCAGUCAGCACCGCCUUCCAAGACCGUUGACACCCAGUCCGUGCUCAAAAGGUUGCAAUCUGAAUUGAUGGCUUUAAUGAUGGGUGGAGAUUCUGGGAUAUCUGCCUUCCCUGAGGAGGACAACAUAUUCUGCUGGAAAGGGACAAUCACAGGAAGCAAAGACACAGUCUUUGAAGGAACAGAAUACAGGUUAUCCCUUUCUUUUCCCAAUGAUUAUCCUUUCAAGCCUCCAAAGGUGAAGUUCGAAACAGGCUGCUUCCAUCCCAAUGUCGAUGUCUAUGGAAACAUUUGUUUAGACAUUCUCCAGGACAAAUGGUCAUCUGCUUAUGAUGUGAGAACCAUCUUGUUAUCUAUCCAGAGUCUGCUGGGAGAACCAAACAUAAGCUCUCCUCUAAACACACAAGCAGCACAGCUGUGGAGUAAUCAAGAAGAAUACAGGAAGAUGGUUGAGAAGUUGUACAAGCCUCCUAAUGCAUAAGUGGAGGAGUAGUAACAGCCAGUUGAAAGGAGUUCUUUCCGUUUCCCCUUAGCAUUCUUUGUGGAACAUGUGUUGAGUUGAUUAUGCACUUCUGGAGAUAGUCUUGGCAAUCACCUUAGACAACAAAUAUGGGCAUAGCGCAGUACUGCCCCAAAUUGUUUGUUUGAGACUUGAACGACUUUUUUUUUUUUUUUUUUUUUUAAUGUUAGAUGAUUAUGAGGCCAGAAAGAGGGUUCUCCUGAUAAUUUAGUUUUGCAUGUUUUAGAAAUUCCCUAAACCCUAUAUAUAUGGUGGCACUGAGCCUAAAAUUGAUCUAUAGAUGCAACACUUGCUAUCAUAUUUGCGGAUAUAUUGCAUGUAGUAACCUUUGGUGCA